AUGUCUUUCUCACUCUUCCCCUUGGUAGUAUUCCUUUCUCUGGCGUGCUUGACAUGUGCACAGCAAUUCAUGGGGCCAGCCUCGUUUGCAUGGCCCCUACCAAGAGAAUGGAAACGCACUUCUGACGAUGUUCAGCCUUGCGGAAUGUCACCCCAAGGACGGCGGUCCAAGUUCCCCUUGCUACUUCUGUCCAAAUACGAGACGCAGAAUAUUGAGGUGAAGGUCUCAUACAAUACGGACCCCCAAUCAGUCGCCGACUUCUCGCAUUUCCUCAAGCGGCGCAUCUCCAACUACGGCGUGGGCUUCACCUGCUUCAAGAUCCCGGACGCCCCUCAGGGCAUGGACGCUGGAGCCAAUGCUACGUUCCAGAUGCGCCUGGAAUCUAAUUACGAGACCCCCCUCCCGCGGUCCUACUUCUCCUGCGCUGACAUCACCUACGUGGAGCGAGAAGGCCUUGACUUCCCCGACUCCCCCUUCCCGUGUGUCAACACCACAGACGCGGAAUGGGAGAUUUUGCCGACGCCCACGAAGAAGCAAGAUCCGCCAGGGCCCACUGCUACUCCGUGGUCCCCAACCGAGGAGAAGGGGAAGAAGAAGCUCAGUAGCGGGGCCAUCGCUGGAAUUUGCAUAGGAGGCACCAUUGUCCUUUCGGGAAUAGUCGUACUUAUCUGCAAGGCGGUGAUGGAAUCUCGGGAGUCGAAAGAGCGUCAAAAGCAGGUUCCGUGUAGAUGGGAGCCGGGGAGUUAUGGGCUACCGGACUUGGUACCUGUGAAUUAUGACGUUUAUGGAACGCCUACGAGAAGAGGAUAG